AUGGCUGAUUUCUUAAAUAUGAGUGACCUUCAUGAUGUGGGUUUUGUUGGUCAAAGAUUCACAUGGUGUAACAAUAAAUCAGGUGGAGAUCGUAUUCUUGAAAGACUGGACAGAUGUUUGCUUAACUCUAUAGCCAUCAAUAGAGUUAAUGUAGCUGUGGUUAGACACCUUUCUAGAGUUGCUUCGGAUCACUGUCCUAUAGUCUUGAAGAUUUUUGAUAAUUCUUAUAAAAAGAAUGGGAUGCUUAAAUUUGAAGAUCUGUGGAUUUCUUACAAAGCUUCGUCUCUCAUUAUUGCAAGAGUUUGGAGGAAGCCAUUCCAAGGUAGUGAUAUGGAGAUUCUCAAUAAGAAGUGUAAGAAAGCUUUGAAGGAUUUGUUUUAUUGGAGAAAGGCAAGGGUUAGGGACUUUUCUUUGGAAAAGGAGAAAUUAAAAGAAGAAAUCUCACUGAUUCAAGAAGAAGAGGCUUCGGUUGGAUGGCUUACUGAUGAAAAGCUUUGGAUGCUGAGAUCAAAAUUUAAAGAGCUUAAUUCAGUACUUUCACGACUUAAUACAUGGUGGAGGCAAAGAGCAAAGGCCUAA